CGGUAAAAAACCGGCAGGGAAUGUCAGUUUACGGUUAUUCACUGUAAAUUUUACGGCCUUUUACCGUUAACCAUUUAACAGGUAGCAUUUUUACAGUAUUUUUACCGUUAAAUUGACAGUAUAUUUUUACAGCCUACAUGUGAUGUGAUAUUCACUCACAGGUAAAUGACUCUUAUUUUUAUAGUUUGUCAUGAAGGCCUUUGAGUUUGUGUAUAUGAUGAUAGUUUUUUUCUCAAAUGAAUUGGUGAAAUGAUGGUAAAGUGGAUUUUCACAGAUACUAGUUUGUAUAAUUUAAUUAAUCACUUUAAUUAAGUGCACAGCCCUACUUUUAAUUUAUUCAUCCUAAAUUUUUCCAAAUUCUCUGACACUGCUUAGUAAAUUCCAUUUUAUGACUGGAAUCCAAAUUAUAGAAAUGUUAUGAUGUGAAAUGAAAUAUGUCCUGUGACUUUUUUCUGAAAGGCCUAAAGAAAAAAAAUGGCAGAAAAAAAUCUAGCACGAAAACACAGACAUAGUAAGGAUACCCCACCAUCUAUAUCAUCAUCCAGUGGUCCUCUGGCUGAGGAGAACAACACAGCAUUUAGAGAGGUUCUGCAGUUCUUUCAGAACAAGUCUAGUCCAAGUAAAUCUAAUGAUGACAUCUGUGGUGAAGUCAAGAAGAAAGCCCUGAAGACCUGUCUGGUGUGUCAGACGUCUUACUGUGAAAAACACCUGGAGCCUCAUCAGAGAGUCCCAAACCUAAAGAAACACAAACUGAUUGACCCUGUGGAGAAUAUGAAGGACUAUAUAUGUCAGAAACAUGAGAGACCUCUGGAGCUGUUCUGUAGAGAUGAUCAGUUGCGCAUAUGUAUGUUUUGCACUAAUGGAGACCAUAGGACUCACAACACUGUUCCUCUAGAAGAGGAGAGUAGAGAGAAGAAGGCACGACUGAUGAAGACACAGAAAGACGUGCAGCAAAUGAUCCAGGACAGAAUCAAGAAGAUUCAAGACAUCAAACACUCAGCAGAACUCAGAAAAAAAAGCAUAGAGCAAGAGAAAGCAGCCAGUGUUGAGCUCUUCAGUGAUCUGAUGCGCUCCAUUGAGAGCUGUCAGUCUGAGCUGCUGGAGAUGAUGGAGGAAAAGCAGAAAGCUGUAGAGAAACAGGAUGAAGAGCUCAUUCAAGAGCUGCAGCAGGAAAUCACUGAACUCAAGAUGAGAAACACUGAGCUGGAUCAUCUCUUACAUAUUGAGGAUCACCUCCACCUCCUACAGAUUGACCCAUCCCUGUUCAGUCCUUCACACACCAGGAACUGGUCUGAGAUCAGUAUGAACACUGAUGUGAGUGUGGAGACUCUGAGGAGAGCUCUGACUCAACUGCAGGAAACUCUAGACGAGAAACUCAGUCAAACUGUUAUGAGGAUGAUGCAGCAGCAUACAGUGGAUGUGACUCUGGAUCCUGAUACAGCUCAUCCAAAUCUCAUCCUGUCUGAUGAUGGGAAACAAGUGAGACAUGGAGACAUUAAACAACAGCUUCCAAACAACCCAGAGAGGUUUGAUCACAGCUUCUGUGUCCUGGGAAAAGAAGGAUUCUCCUCAAGGAGGUUUUAUUUUGAGGUGCAGGUGAAGGGAAAGACCGGCUGGAUUCUAGGAGUGAUCAGAGAAUCUAUUAACAGGAAGGGACCGAUCAUAAUGAGUCCUCAGGAUGGAUACUGGGUUGUGGGUCUGUGGAAUGAGAAUGAAUAUUGGACAUGUACUGAUUCCUAUGUCCUUUUGACUCUGAGAGGGAAACCGGAGAAGAUGGGGGUGUUUGUGGAUUAUGAGGAGGGUCUGGUCUCCUUCUAUGAUGUAGAGUACAGAUCUUGUAUCUACUCUUUCACUAGCCAGUCUUUCACUGAGAAACUCUAUCCUUUUUUCAGUCCAUUACCCAAUGACAGACGUAAAAAUUCAGCACCACUGAUCAUCUCACCUGUUAGUUUCUAA